AUGCGCCGUCAGUCAUCAAAGUUAAGGCUGGAGGCAGCCCCGUGGUAUAAGCUGCGCUCCAAACCAGGGAAAAAGGAAAAGGAGAGAGGAGAGAUUGAAGUGGAUAUCCAGUUUAUGAGGAGCAACAUGACAGCCAGUAUGUUUGAUUUGUCCAUGAAGGACAAGCCUCGCUCCACGUUUGGCAAGCUCAAAGACAAGCUCAAAGGGAAGAGGAGCAGCGGCCUCUCUGACACAGCAUCAGCGAUCGUUCCGGGCACAAGUCACUCCCCGGCUGACAGCGAAGAUGAAUCCGUUGAGAAAGAAAAGAAGAAAUUGAAAUUCAAAACGCUCUUUUCCAAACCCGGUCUGCAAAAGACUUCUCUGUCCCAGUCCAUGUCAGUCUUGCCUACGGUGCCGCCUGCAAAGGAGAAAGUUAGGCUUAGACCUAGUGACUUUCAGUCGAGAUGGGACGAUGAGGAAUCCGAGAUGUCUCCGACCUCGGACAAAACCUUUAGAAACACCCUUGAAGAGAAGUCAUCUCCUGUAUCUAAAUUUCAUAAAAUAACAACUUUGGACAGUAGACAUCUCAAUCAGAUAACGACCGGCAAUACCAAGAAAGAAGGUCUCUCUUUAUUUGGUGGACUUAAAUCUAAAAGCGAUCCCGUUUCCAAAUCUAGUUUGUGUAUCAAUGGCAGUCACGUUUACAUGGAAGAGAACACCCCAAAGGACAACACUCCAGCCUCUUCCCCGUCCCCUCUCAACUUCAGGAGGAAGCAGCACUUUGCUUCAGAAGAGAACCUGGCUUCCAAAUUUACAAAAGGACCUGAAGAGACGGGAAGAACAUCUCCCAGCGGUGUUUUAUCUGGGUCUGCAUCACUGGAGACUUUUAAAUCUAUGACUUUACCAUCAUAUAAAUUGCUUAGCAGUGAGGAUUACACGGAGACCCAUGUUCCUCUGACUGUUGAUGUUAAAGAGAGCAAAAAAACGGACAACAAAAAAUCCGCCUUAUUGUCUCUGGUCACAGGGAAAAAGGAAAUGGUGAAAAACAGUGAUGUUGAAAGUGUUCCAGACAGGACUUUGAAGGAGGAAGAAAACAAAGAUUCAGAGGGGAAAAGUGAAAAAGAGACCAAACAUCUUGAAAUUCCAACAGAUUUAAGCAAGGGAAAUCCAUUUGACAAUAGUAAUGAAGAAGAAAUCUUCAAAAAUAAGCAACCACUCAACCCUUUUGAAGAAGACCAGAAAUCUGAAAAGGCUGCUGUAUCGGCAAAAACAGCCCAGACUAAAGCUGUCAAACCAAGACUGGGCGUGACUUCAGAGGAGGAACCCAAAGCCACGCUUUCUAUUUUUGCACCUGAUUCCCUUUCUGCUUUCCUUUCUGCACGCCAGAUCAAGGGAGGCUCUGAUGAAGAGCUGCUGGAAGACUCUCAGGAGGACCAAAAUGAUGAUGCCGGCCUCUUGGAGGCUGGGAAACACUCUUCCCAGUCUUACUCUUCCUCUCCUUCCUUCCCUUCUCACACGCAAAGUGAUAGAGCAGAGUCUCCAACAAAGCCAACAGCAGAGGGCUCCGCUGGUAAAGCCGAGAAUUCCGGCAAGAGGAAACUCCUCCGGGCGUGGGUUUCACCCUCUGAAACGUAUCCUAGCCAAACUCAGCAGGGUGGUGAGCCCCUGUCUCCCAAGCACAGGCUUCAGCCUGUGAAGCCCAUGAAUGCCAUCACAAGCAAGUCUCAAGCUAAAAAUACGAACGUCAUCAGCGCUAUGAAUGACAAACUGCUUGAGAUGAGCACAAAGAAAUACAGUCCUUCGGAUCCUGGCUAUGCUUAUGCUCAGUUAACCCACGACGAGCUGAUCCAGCUGGUCUUGAAACAGAAGGACACGAUUAACAAGAAGGAACUGCAGGUGCGUGAGCUCGAAGACUACAUCGAUAACCUGCUCGUCAGAGUGAUGGAGGAAACCCCAAACAUCCUGCGUGUUCCCACUUCGGGAAAUAAAAAAGCUGGGAAGAUAUAAAAGUUCCCUGCACUUGGAACAAAGGACUGAAUUCCAGCCUCUGGAGCUGGAUUAAUAAGGAGACAAUGUGAAGUAGGUGGUACUGGAGCGCUGCCCACAGGAAAUGACAUUUUUCCUGUUUCUGACUUGAGCAACUCUCGGAUUGAUUU